AUUUGUCAAAGUGUGGACGGUUUCAGUUGUGACUCGGUUAUGGAAGAAAAUCCAUUUCAGAGUUUGAAAAUUUCAUCCUCAGAAUUUCUGAACUCAUUGCAAGAUCGAAGCAUAUGCCCAAAAUGUUUAAAAUCCAGAAAAUUUUACUGCUACAACUGUUUUGUGCCAGUUAAAGGUACAGAAGAUCGUAUCCCAAAGGUAAAGCUGCCUUUAAAGAUCGACAUCAUCAAGCAUCCCAAUGAAUGUGAUGGUAAGAGUACAUCAGCACAUGCUGCAGUCCUAGCUCCAGAUGAUGUCCAUGUGUAUACUUAUCCAUGUAUUCCAGAGUAUCCGGACCAGAGUAAGGUUGUAUUAGUGUUUCCUGGAAAAAAAUCACUAACUUUGGAAGAAAUGGCAAACACAUUAAGCACAUGUGAUACCAAACAAAAUGUGGACACUAUCAGUGGUAGUGGUAAAGAUUCUUUCUCGAGGUCAUUAGUGAAGGACCAAAAUGACACUUCAACUUACAACAUGAAGGGAAACAACUCCAAGCCAGGAGACUUAUCUGAUGAAGGCAAGGGAAACAACUCAGAUGAGUCUAAACUUGAUGAAAAUGCAGACAUGUCCCCAUUGAAAAGAAAGGUGGAGGAGGAUCAAGGAUCUCAAAAGAAACAGAGAACUUUUAAAAGGGCACCUCCUUUUGAAAGAGCCAUCUUUAUUGAUAGUACUUGGAAGCAAACUAAAGGGAUAAUUGCUGACGACAGACUCAAAGACCUGACCUGUGUACAGUUGAAAUCAAGAGAAACUAAAUUCUGGAGGCACCAGAAGGACAAUCCGGCUACAUAUUUAUCCACUAUUGAGGCUGUGUAUUAUUUGGUGCGGGACUACCAUGACCUCUUUGUAGAUAAUAUCUAUGAUGGAGAAUAUGACAAUCUUUUAUUUUUUUUCAAUUUCAUGUACCAAAAAAUAAGGACAACAUAUGAUGGAGGGAAAAGCUUAAAGGCUUACAAACAGAGAGCUAAAAAGAAUUGUGAAAAGGGGCUUCUGAAUAAAUGAUUCUUAUGUUG